AUGUCAUCGAUCGACGCGGGAAAACAGAUCGAUGCCAGUGAAAGCAAUCGAAAUAUGAGUGAAUCGACCUUUCUUUCUUUCUUUCUUUCUUUCUUUCUUUCUUUUCAUUUUCACUUCCUUAACGUGAAAUUUCCUUUUUUACUUUUAGACCUUUCUUUCUUUCUUUCUUUCUUUCUUUCUUUCUUUCUUUCUUUUCAUUUUCACUUCCUUAACGUGAAAUUUCCUUUUUUACUUUUAGACCUUUUCUUUCUUUCUUUCUUUCUUUCUUUCUUUUCAUUUUCUUUUUUUCUUUGUUUACUUUUCAUCUUUCUUUUUUCUUUCCUCAACUUUCUUUCUUUCUUUUCUUUUACAUUUUAUAUCUUUCUUUUUCCUUUUUCUUUCUUUCUUUCUUUCUUUCUUUCUUUCUUUCUUUUUUUUUUUCAUUUUCAAUUCCUCAACGUGAAAUUUCCUUUUUUACUUUUAGACCUUUCUUUCUUUCUUUCUUUCUUUCUUUUCUUUCUUUUUUCUUUUUUUCACUUCCUUAACACCUUUCUUUCUUUCUUUCUUUCUUUCUUUUUCUUUUCUUUCUUCUUUUUUCAUUUUUUCACUUUCUUAACACCUUUCUUUCUUUCUUUCUUUCUUUCUUUCUUUCUUUCUUUCUUUCUUUCUUUUCAUUUUCACUUCCUUAACGUGAAAUUUCCUUUUUUUACUUUUAGACCUUUCUUUCUUUCUUUCUUUUUUCUUUUCUUUCUUUCUUUCUUUUCAUUUUUUUCUUUCUUCCUUAACACCUUUCUUUCUUUCUUUUCUUUUCUUUCUUUCUUUCUUUCUUUUUUUCAUUUUCACUUCCUUAACGUGAAAUUUCCUUUUUUUACUUUUAGACCUUUCUUUCUUUCUUUCUUUCUUUCUUUCUUUCUUUCUUUCUUUCUUUUCAUUUUCACUUCCUUAACACCUUUCUUUCUUUCUUUCUUUCUUUCUUUCUUUCUUUCUUUUCAUUUUCACUUCCUCAACGUGAAAUUUCUUUCUUUUACUUUUAGACCUUUCUUUCUUUCUUCCUUUCUUUCUUUCUUUCUUUCUUUCUUUCUUUCUUUCUAUUUUCACUUCCUCAACGUGAAAUUUCUUUCUUUUACUUUUAGACCUUACUUUCUUUCUUUCUUUCUUUCUUUCUUUCUUUCUUUCUUUCUUUCUUUUCAUUUUCACUUCCUCAACGUGAAAUUUCCUUUUUUUUCCAUCGUUUAUCGCUUAUCUGUCUUCUCAUUUUUUUCAUUCAUCCUAAUGCUUUAUUCAUUCUCUCUUAGUUUUCCAUUUUCUUCUUUGCUCUCUCCUACGGUAAGUGUUUAUUAUGAGUUUUUUUUCUUUUUCUUUUUUCUCUCUAGUACCGGUCCUCAUUUUUCUUUCUUUGUUUAUUUUUUCUGUAUUUCUUUCUUUUACUUGUCUGUCUGUCUAUCUAUUUGCGUGUUUCUUUGA